AUGGCUCAUGGUGAGAAGCCAGGAACCAUUUCUAAAAUAUUGGGUCCCAGCCCUCCACCGUGCCCCAGUCCAGGACUCACCGAACAGAUCCACGAGGAGCAGCAGGGCUCGGUGAAGGAGGCGUCUGAGCAACCACCGCACACCUUCGAGGAUGAAGACACUGACCAGCUGACGCCUCCUGCCUCUGCAAAACACGUUUACACGAGCUCUGACCCCAGUCCCGAGGACAUGGAGGACACCUGCUCUGAGUACGACAACGUUGGCUCUGAUGUUGAGCAGGACUACGACGAGGUGCUGCAUUUGAGCAGGGAGGGCAUGGUGGACAUGAGGUAUUACAAGCAGUACUGUCCUGAGGAUGCCGGCUAUAUAAAGCAUGCAGGAGGUGAUAAUAUUAAUGAGAACAGCAGCACUGCUGACCAGUCGGCUCCCAGAGUUCGUCAUAGCACAGAAAUAUGUGAGGGCUCGCAGUCUAGCACUAAGCCUCUCAAGACGGGCCAUCGCUUCAGGUCACACUGUGCCCCGGUUCCUGCGGAUGAAGCAGAGAAGGGAGCGGAGAGGGGCCACGAGAACCGGUUCCUUUAUAGUGACGGAGAUGAGAUAGAGGAGGUGCUGGAUGGGGCCAGGUUUGUAGAGGAUUUAGAGGAGACAAAGAACACUGUUCAAAGACCAACCAGCCUUUAUCCUGGCAAUGAUAAUGAGAAAAUUAGAAAGGGAGUCGAUGAAAGGGAUAGAGAAGAUGUCACUCGAGUUACAAGAAACCCUAAUAUCCAAGGAGCCAGUAAGAAGUGUGAGUCAUCCCACAUGGGUACAAAAGAGAGGGAGAGGCAGGGCAAAGGGCGAGGGAGGAGGGGAGCAGCGGAGGACACUGAGCAUAUUGUCUCUGGGAUCAAACGAUGCUCGACCAACAGCGCUGAACAGCGUCCUAAGGCUUCAGCGAGGGACUGCAAAAAGGCCGCUGUUCGGACCAAGGCUAAGUCUGGUUCCAGUAAGCAACAUCCUCCUCCGCCACCUCGUCAUUCCCACCCACAGUCACCUGCAGACCCCCAGAAGCCACAGCCUCGUCAGGAGACUCCCACAGCUCCCAGACCCAGUCCCCCUUCUGCCAACGGCCAGGAGAACAGAGCCAGGGUCCCCAAACCCUCGCUGGCUCCUCAGAACACACCAGAACAACAGAGGGAGCCGCUGGAGGAGAGGCAGAGACGGCCAGAGAAACCCCAGCAGGUUGAGAAAACAAGCACAGCCGUGAUGCCUGAGGAUGUGGCGGAGCAGCCGAGGAGGCCUCAGUGUCAGGAGCUCGUUCCUGCAGAGACGACCAACACACCCAAGAAAACACAGGAGGCUACUUCUUUCCCCAGCUUUGAAGAUGUCCCAGGUCCCUGUGAGCCAGAGGAUCUUAUUGACGGGAUCAUCUUCGCUGCGAACUACCUCGGCUGCACUCAGGUGUUGUCUGAUAAAAACCCAACCAAGUCUGUUCGCAUGUCCCAGGCCCAAGACGCUGUCAGUCGUAUCAAGAGCCAAGAUGAAGACGCUCACAUGAUGACAGAGGUCGACCUGUUCAUCUCCACUAAAGCUGUCAAAGUGCUGAACGCUGACACACAGGAGACGAUGAUGGACAGUGCCUUGCGUACCAUCUCCUACAUCGCAGACAUUGGUAGUAUCGUGGUUCUGAUGGCUCGGAGGCGCGUGUCUCAGGCUUCACCGGAGGAUCUUUCAGAAUCUCCCGAUUCAAACGGCGAAGGGAAGACUCAGUACAGGAUGGUCUGCCACGUCUUUGAGUCCGAGGAUGCACAGCUGAUCGCACAGUCCAUUGGUCAGGCCUUCAGUGUGGCCUACAGAGAGUUCCUGCGAGCCAACGGCAUCAACCCCACCGACCUGAGCCAGAAACAAUACAGUGACAUCAUCAACUCCCAGGAAAUGUACCACGACGACCUCGUACAUUUCUCAAACUCAGACAACUGUAAAGAGCUUCACGUGGAGAAACAGAAGGGGGAGAGCCUCGGUGUGGUGAUUGUGGAGUCCGGCUGGGGCUCCAUCCUGCCCACCGUCAUCCUGGCCAGCAUGCUGAACAGCGGCCCCGCAGCUCGCUCGGGAAAACUCAGCGUCGGUGACCAGAUCAUGUCCAUUAAUGACACCAGCCUGGUGGGGCUGCCGCUGGCCACAUGUCAGGGCAUCAUCAAGGGUCUGAAGAAUCAGGUGAAGGUGAAGCUGAGCAUCGUGAGCUGUCCUCCUGUCACCACCGUCCUCAUCAAGAGACCUGAUCUCAAGUUCCAGCUGGGCUUCAGUGUUCAGAACGGCAUUAUCUGCAGUCUGAUGAGAGGUGGCAUUGCAGAGCGAGGCGGCGUCCGUGUUGGACACAGAAUCAUUGAAAUAAACGGCCAGAGUGUUGUUGCCAUGGCACAUGAGAAGAUUGUCCAAAACCUGUCCGUGUCAGUGGGUGAGAUCAACAUGAAGACGAUGCCGGCUGUGAUGUUCCGACUGCUGACGGGACAGGAGACGCCCGUCUACAUAUAG